GGAGACAACCGUUCUGCGGGGUUCAAAACCUAUCUCCGAGCAAACAGCCGGUUUGUGCGAGCUGGUCGUAAUGAUGGCAUUUUCGUCAUUUUUGUUAAAAACAUAGUGGCAUUUUCCGUAAAUACAGAUCAAUCCAGCUCUGCCGAGAUUAAACGCUGUGGCCGAGACGACCAACGGUAAACGCAGAGACGGUGAGAAACCGAGCGAGAGAGAGAAACCGGAAGAAAAAUAAAAUUAAAAAUUAAAAAAAAGGAAAAAAAAGAGCUGUCGAGACUAAACUUUCAUUCAAGGAUUGGAGAGACCUAGGUUUUUUGUUUCAGUUUUGUUAGAUCUGCCGUCUGUUCUUGCGAUCUUCCAUUUGAUACUUCGUUUAGGGCGCGUCAGGCUGCAUUUCUUCGACAAUUGAUCUGGUUUGAAAUUCAUAGCAAUGUUCCGAUUCGAGGAGGAGAAGAUUCGGAAACGACUUUGAGAGUCUGAACAAUUUUAUGCGCCAUGUCGGACGCUUUGUCGGUAAUUCCGGCGGCCGUGCUUCGUAACUUGGCCGACAAGCUUUACGAGAAGCGCAAAAAUGCCGCGCUUGAGGUUGAAGGGAUUGUGAAGCAACUCGCUGCUGCCGGCGAUCAUGACCGAAUUACAGCUGUGAUCAAUAUGCUGAUCAACGAUUUCACGUAUUCGCCACAGGCGAACCACCGGAAGGGAGGGUUAAUAGGACUUGCUGCUGCAACAGUUGCCUUGACUUCAGAAGCCUCUCAGCAUCUUGAGCAAAUUGUGCCACCUGUCCUUAAUUCCUUCUCUGAUCAAGAUGGCAGAGUUCGGUAUUAUGCUUGUGAAGCUCUAUACAACAUUGCAAAGGUUGUAAGAGGAGAUUUCAUUGUAUUUUUCAAUCAAAUAUUUGAUGCACUAUGUAAGCUAUCAGCAGACUCAGAUGCCAAUGUGCAAAGUGCUGCUCAUCUUUUAGAUCGGCUUGUAAAGGAUAUUGUAACUGAAAGUGAUCAAUUCAGCAUUGAAGAAUUUAUACCACUGCUAAGGGAACGCAUGAAUGUCUUAAAUCCUUAUGUACGCCAGUUUUUGGUAGGAUGGAUUACUGUAUUGGAUAGUGUUCCAGAUAUUGACAUGCUUGGUUUUCUUCCAGAUUUUCUUGAUGGUUUGUUCAACAUGUUAAGUGAUUCCAGCCAUGAAAUUCGGCAACAAGCUGAUUCAGCACUUUCAGAGUUUCUCCAAGAGAUUAAGAAUUCUCCAUCUGUAGAUUAUGGUCGAAUGGCUGAAAUAUUGGUGCAGAGAGCAGCUUCUCCAGACGAAUUUACUCGGCUGACAGCUGUCACGUGGAUAAAUGAAUUUGUGAAACUUGGUGGAGAUCAGCUUGUUCCUCACUAUGCUAAUAUUUUGGGAGCCAUUUUACCCUGCAUAUCUGACAAAGAGGAGAGGAUAAGAGUGGCUGCUUGUGAAACUAAUGAUGAGCUUCGUGCAAUAAAUGCUGAUCCAGCUGAUGGAUUUGAUAUAAGAGCAAUUCUUUCCAUUGCAAGGAGUGAACUAUCUAGUGAAUGGGAGGCUACUCGAAUUGAGGCAUUGAAUUGGAUUGCAACACUUUUAAAUAGACAUCGUGCUGAGGUCUUAAACUUCUUGAAUGACAUAUUUGACACCCUUCUUGGAGCUCUAUCAGAUUCUUCUGAUAAGGUUGUGCUCCUGGUGCUUGAGGUGCAUGCAUGUAUAGCAAGAGAUGAACCUCAUUUCCGCCAACUUGUUGUUUUUCUAAUGCAUAACUUCCGGGUCAACCUUUCACUUCUUGAGAGGCGUGGUGCUUUGAUAAUCCGUCGACUUUGUGUGCUUUUGGAUGCUGAAAGAGUCUACAGGGAACUCUCCAGAAUUCUUGAGGGAGAAGCUGACUUGGAUUUUGCCUCUGUCAUGGUUCAGGCUCUGAAUUUGAUUUUGCUUACUUCAUCUGAAUUGUCUGGUUUGCGGGAUCUUCUGAAGCAAUCACUGGUGAAUGCUGCUGGAAAAGAUUUAUUUGUUUCUUUGUAUUCUUCUUGGUGUCAUUCACCAAUGGCAACAAUAAGUCUUUGCUUAUUAGCUCAGGCAUACCAGCACGCAAGUUGUGUGAUUCAGUCAUUGGUGGAGGAAGAUAUCAAUGCCAAAUUCUUAGUUCAGCUGGACAAACUGAUCCGCUUGCUGGAGACUCCAGUCUUUGCUUAUCUAAGAUUGCAGCUUCUUGAACCUGGAAGACACAUAUGGUUGUUGAAGGCCCUGUAUGGCCUUAUUAUGUUGCUACCCCAGCAAAGUUCAGCCUUCAAGAUACUGCGAACUAGAUUAAGAACUGUGCCUUUAUACUCCUUCAGUGAUGAGCAAUUGAAGCGAGCAUCUUCAGGAAACCCAUAUUCACAGAUUUUACAUCACAUGCCGAGUGGAUCGCAUAUAAUGGAGGAUGGGGACAAGAAUCAGGAUUCAAGUAAUAUUCAUAAUGGAAUCAAUUUUGCAUCACGGUUACAGCAGUUUGAACACAUGCAGCACCAACACCGCAUAAACACAAAACCACGAUUGCAGUCUCAUAAUUCCUCUUCAUCCAACUUAUCACAGGAGGUGCAAAGAUUGUCUCUGGAAGAAGCUCACCGACCUUCACCCAUGCCAGAGAUGACCCACCCUCCAAGAUCAUGGAGAGGGCCAGGACAAUUACAACAUUGACUCGAUGCUUCAUCUUUGCUCUGGUUAUAGUUUGUUAUUCUACCAAGCUCGUUUUUGAGGAAUACGCAAUUACACAUAUUAUUUUUAUGUUCACAAAUCAGACAAGGUCUGGUAUAAUUGUAAAAUUGUAUAUCUUAGUGGUUUGUUGUGAUGAAUUUGUGGAGGUUGGGAUUGGUAGGAAUUGGGUUUACUGAAGAUAAAGCUUGGGCAUUCCUGGGCUAUUCUUUUGCUUUUGCAGACGGUAUGCUCGUGUGGUUCUGUUAUUUUUUUUAUUGGAGACCAUAUGGGCAAGAAGGAAAAAUUGAAUGUAGGGUAUGCAGUUCGUUGUAUUGUUAUCAUUGACAGCAAUCUCAAAAAAAAGUAAAGCAUUCAGGGAAUUGUGUAC